CCAUCACCGCUAGACAUGUAGAAAACAUGGCGGACUAGUGCUGUGGUAGAAGUGGAUGCCGCUUGGUGGGUUGAGCUGCUGGCUGUUGGAACACGGCAGAAAGACGGCGGGCACACGCCGGUGCUUGGCCGGGCCCCGGUGUGCGAACAGGGGGAUUACUUUACCCGUAGUGGGCCUUCCUUUGAGGGGGUUUUGUCCUCGCUGAGCCUCGGGAACAGGUCGGACAUGAACGGGGAAGUCGUAUGCGGCACCAACCUCCUCACCAUUCCAUGCUGCACGGUGUCGACACCCGAGGUUCACCAUGGCAACACCGUCACCGCCGUGCCGGAGGACGGAGAAUGUUCUCCGCCGCGGUACCGGAGGAACGACAUCCAGAGGCAGGAUGAGGGCUGGAGAGAAAAUGGCUUGGACUCCAAGGCAGAAAGCCGGUGCUCCCCCUGCUGGCCAGAUGUAUGUACUUCCCCUCUGCAGCGCCACUCUGCUCUGACAAGCCGCCUCCGCUGCCCCCGCCAGGCCAGGGGAGCUGACAGACUUCUCAAAGCCAAGAAGUCCGCGCCUAAAACCGGCGGAGGGAAGAACUGCCGGAACCAAAAAAUCACAGACUUCUUUCCAAAAAGACGGAGCAAACGGCAAAGUAAAACGGAACUGAAGCUUGAACAGAAGCAGCUAAUAGAUCACCUCAUCACCAGCGGAAUAGAGGAAGGAAUGCAGAUGCAAUACAUGGAGGGAAAGGGCAGAGCCGUUUUCGCCGCACGCCGCUUCCGUAAAGGCGAGUACGUGGUGGAGUACCAUGGCGACCUCCUGGGGAUGACGGACGCCAAAAAGCGUGAGGCGGAAUAUGCCCAGAACCCAGAAACUGGCUGUUACAUGUACUACUUCCAGCACCUCUGCAUCACCUACUGCGUGGACGCCACCAAAGAGACGGGGCGUCUGGGCCGGCUGAUCAACCACAGCAAGAAAGGGAACUGCCAGACCAAGGUGCACGACAUCCAGGGCGUGCCGCACCUCAUCCUGGUGGCGUCGCGGGACAUCGAGGAUGGCGAGGAGCUGCUGUACGACUACGGCGACCGCAGCAAGGCGUCCAUCGCCGCCCACCCGUGGCUCAAACACUGACUCCACCGGCGCACGGCGGGAGAAAACGCAAGUAACGCCUUUCACGCAGAGCCUUCACACACACCACUUGUCACAGAGCUUGGGGUGCAUGGGGAACUUUGGCCAUCUUUAAUUGACAUCGCGGCUCUAGGAAACCUUUUUUUUCUUUUUCUAUCACGCAGGCACACUUUUAUACUUUUUUUUUUUUAAAGAUCUCACUCAGCACUUUUCAAACCUUUUGAAGCAAUUCCAAUCACGCAAAGUUCAUAAUCCACCGCUCCCAUCUCAUACUGGAGGAACACUACUGCGCUUUGUUGGCAGCAAAAGUAGUAUUUUAGUUCUAUGCUACAUAUAAUAACCAUCAAUUAUUAGUCGCAUUGUUUCACUUUUUUAUACGUUUUUUUAGGAUUUGUGUAGGUUAACGUCAGCUAGGAGGAAAAAACACAAAAUAACACACGCAAGCUAAGGGUUUUUCUUAGUGGUAAAAUGAAAAAAUGUCAACAAUUUAAAAUAGGGAAGAAUAAUUUAAAAGUAUCAAUAACUUUAUUAAAUUUCCCGUUAUUUAAUUGUGAAAUAUAUUCUGAAAUAAUUAUAUUGAGUUGAUUUAUUUAUGUUCGGCCUUAAUGGGGAAAAAAAGAAAAGUCACAAAUAAAUAAAUAGGUUUAGUAAAAUAAUUUCAGAUGAAUAUUUUAUGGUUUAAGUAAUUAUUGAACAUUUUUAACAAUUCAUUUUAUAUUUGAAAAAAAUCAUAUUUCCAAUAUUAAUUAUUAAAAUGGAGCUACAGUGAACCCUCGUCAGCUAGGAGGAAAAAACACCAAAUAACACACGCAAGCUAAGGGUGUUUUUUUUUUGUGGUAAAAUGAAUAAAUGUCAACAAUUAAAAUAGUAAAGAAUAAUUAAAAAGUAUCAAAAACUUAAUUUUGCCGCUAUUUAAUUAAAUUGUGAAAUAUAAUCUGAAAUAAUUAUAUUGAGUUGAUUUAUUUAUGUUGGAAUGCAAAAAAGAAAAGUCACAUAUUAAUAAAUAGGUUAAGUAAAAUAAUUUCAGAUUAAUAUUUUAUGGUUUAAGUAAUUAUUAGAAAUGUUUAACAAUUUUGUAUUUGAAAAAAAUCAUAUUUCUCAUAUUUAUUAUUUAAAUGGAGCUACAGUAAAGCCUCGUCAGCUCGGAGGAAAAAACACAAAAUAACACACGCAAGCUAAGGUUUUUUUUUUAGUGGUAAAAUGAAUAAAUGUCAACAAUUAAAAUAGGAAAGAAUCAUUUAAAAGUAUCAAACGUUAUUAAUUUUCCCGUUAUUUAAUUAAAUUGUGAAACGUAAUCUGAAAUAAUUAUAUUGAGUUGAUUUAUUUAUGUUCGGCCUUAAUGGAAAAAAAAGAAAAGUCAUAAAUAAAUGAAUAGGUUUAGUAAAAUAAUUUCAGAUGAAUAUUUUAUGGUUUAAGUAAUUAUUGGACAUUUUUAACAAUUUUAUAUUUGAAAAAAAUCAUAUUUCCCAUAUUUAUUAUUUAAAUGGAGCUACAGUAAACCCUCGUCAGCUCGGAGGUAAAAACACAAAAUAACACACGCAAGCUAAGGGUUUUUUUUUAGUGGUAAAAUGAAUAAAUGUCAACAACUAAAAUAGUAAAAAAUAAUUUAAAAGUAUCAAAAAGUUUAUUAAUGAUCCCGUUAUUUAAUUAAAUUGUGAAAUAUAAUCUGAAAUAAUUAUAUUGAGUUGAUUUAUUUAUGUUGGAAUGGGAAAAAAGAAAAGUCACAAAUUAAUAAAUAGGUUAAGUAAAAUACUUUCGGAUUAAUAUUAUAUGGUUUAAGUAAUUAAUGGAAAUAUUUAACAAUUUUGUAUUUGAAAAAAAUUAUAUUUCUCAUAUUUAUUAUUUUAAAUGGAGCUACAUUAAACCCUCGUCAGUUAGGAGGAAAAAAACACAAAAUAACACACGCAAGCUAACGUUUUUGUUGUUGUGGUAAAAUGAAUAAAUGUCAACAAUUAAAAUAGGAAAGAAUAUUUUAAAAGUAUCAAAAACUUUAUUAAUUUUCCCGCUAUUUAAUUAAAUUGUGAAAUAUAAUCUGAAAUAAUUAUAUUCAGUUGAUUUAUUUAUGUUGGAAUGGAAAAUAGAAAAGUCACAAAUUAAUAAUAGGCUUAGUAAAAUAAUUUCAGAUGAAUAUUUUAUGGUUUAAGUCAUUAUUGGACAUUUUUAACACUUAAUUUUGUAUUGGAAAAAAAAUCAUAUUUCCCAUAUUUAUUAUUUAAAUAGAGCUACAGUAAACCCUCGUUAGCUAGGAGGAAAAAACACAAAAUAACACACGCAAGCUAAGGGUUUUUUUUUGGUGGUAAAAUGAAUAAAUGUCAACAAUUAAAAUAGUAAAGUAUAAUUUAAAAGUAUCAAAAACUUUAUUAAUGAUCGUGAUAUUUAAUUAAAUUGUGAAAUAUAAUCUGAAAUAAUUAUAUUGAGUUGAUUGAUUUAUUUAUGUUGGAAUGGAAAAAAGAAAAGUCACAAAUUAAUAUAUGGAUUAAGUAAAAUACUUUCAGAUUAAUAUUUUAUGGUUUAAGUAAUUAUUGGAAAUAUUUAACAAUUUUUGUAUUUGAAAAAAAUCAUUUCUCAUAUUUAUUAUUUAAAUGGAGCUACAGUAAACGCUCGUCAGCUAUGAGGAAAAAACACAAAAUAACACACGCAAGCUAAGGUUUUUUUUUUGUGGUAAAAUGAAUAAAUGUCAACAAUUAAAAUAGGAAAGAAUAAUUUAAAAGUAUCAAAAGUUAUUAAUUUUCCCGUUAUUCAAUUAAAUUGUGAAAUACAAUCUGAAAUAAUUAUAUUCAGUUGAUUUAUUUGUUGGAAUGGAAAAAAGAAAAGUCACAAAUUAGUUAAUAGGUUAAGUCAAAUAAUUUCAGAUUAAUAUUUUAUGGUUUAAGUAAUUAUUGGAAAUUUUUAGCAAUUUUGUAUUUGAAAAAAAUUACAUUUCCCAUAUUUAUUAUUUAAAUGGAGCUACAGUAAACCACUUUUUUUAUUAUUAGUUAUGAAAUGUUUUGAUCAUACCACAAUGUCAUCAUUGAGCAUCCAAGAUGCUUUGAUGUAAUACUGCUCACUGCCACUAGAGGGUAAUAUUUAUGCACCAUUUGAGCUGUGUAGUAUACCCUCGUUUAUUGCCGUUAAUUGGUUCCAGGCCUGAGGUGCACAACAUCUCCACUUUUAAACGCUCAAAUUGUUCUUUUUAUUUUGCAGUGGAGGGACGAAGCUAGCGUCUUUUCCGGGCUAUAGCACGCACUGGUAGUUAAGCCACACCCACCGAAUUUAAGAAGAAAUAAAUAUGUUUAUAUAUAUUAGCUGCACCGGACUAUAAACCGCAAAUAUUUACCUGUACGAAAUAUUUUGGAAAUGUAAUUGUUUCCAAAUGGCCGUAAAACGGUUAAUCAAACAAAACAGAAGUCAUGGUCAUGGACCCACUAGCUGCAGAAGCUAGCUCUUCAAUCAGCUAAUCAGACUCAAUAAGUGGUGACGUUUGGUGAAUUUACGAAACUGAAACAAUACAAAAAUGCCAUUGAAAGUUACUAAUACUAACACACUCGUAAAAAUGUUAACAUAUUCGCUAAAGACGCUAGCUUAAUUACGUUGCAAUAGCACAUAAAAUAUGCAUGAAAACACUAAUAAGAAACAUGGGACAGUUUAGUAGGGAUCUGAAUUGUUUUAGUUACAUUGUAACACUUACAAAUGU